AUAUGGUAAGGGGUGUAUGGCAGCUUCAACCUCUAGUCAAGGAAGCCACAAUGAUUACAAUACGAGUUAGCACUGGCAGUUACACAAGCGCCAGCUCAUAGACUACACGAACCUCCAGGAUGGUGGACAAAGAACUCAAGGUUGGUGCCGCCACGUCGUCUUCACCGUCAGUGACUCCGGUGAGUUUGGUGACGGUAGACCACGUGCGGGCAGCGCUCACGUCAGACAAGGGCGCCGCCGCACAACUCACCGCCUGGGAGGUCGUGGACUUCACCAAGAAGGGAGACAAUUAUGCCUGUUUAGUGACCAGUGUCGAGGUUAAGUAUGAGAUCGACGGCAAGAGCUCAGAGGUGGUCUAUGUGAUAAAGAUUAACUCAGGAAAGACCUUUGGAGGUGAAAACAUGUUUGACUUAUUCUUCGAAAAGGAGUGCAAAUUCUUCCUCGACAUCGCACCGCAGAUAAACUCUAUAUUAAGGGAAAUUGGUCACACAGAGAUCAACGUUCCCAAAUGCUUCCAUGCAAGUCUGGAGAAAGGAAAGGAAGUAAUCUUCCUUGAGGACCUACGAGCCAGAGGCUACAAAAUGGCUGACCGCAAGCAAGGGCUGGACGAGGCUCACACUAUUCUUGUGCUGAGGGAGCUGGCCAGACUCCACGCCGCCUCCCUCCUGCUGCAGAACAAAACUCCUGAUGAUGACCUUGGAGAAAAGUACCCUUAUUUGAAAAUAGGAAUGGCAUAUUUAAUGAAAAAUUAUAAUUCAAUGUUUAAAGUGAUGAAAGACAAUGUGAUAUUUGGCAAAACUAUCAUAAAAAAAGUUGGGGGGUACGAGAGAGUAGCUGCCUGGAUAGACAUGAUCAUCCCAAAUUUAGUGGACAUCUUCGAGCAGCUGGAAUGCGGUGAGCCUAAGGUGGUGUGUCACGGAGACUGCUGGAACAACAACCUUCUCUUCAGGUACAGCGAGACCGGCCGCCCAGAGGAAGUGAUGCUCCUCGACAUGCAGCUGACAGAUCACAGUGUUCCUGCUGCCGAUCUCAACUACCUCCUCUAUACCAGCAUGGCGGGGGACGUCAGGAAGCCCAAUAUUGAAGCCUUCCUGGGUUCCUACUACACCACUUUCAAGGAUAUCAUGGAGGCUGGCGGCCAGACGGUACCAUUCACGCAGGCGCAGCUCCUCAAGGAUUUCAGGGACAGGAACCUCGCCGGUUCAUUGUUUGCCAUAAUGUUUGUGCCAGUAAUGCUCUCUGAGACUGAAGGCGCGGUAGACUCGUCGAAAGACGAUGAAGAAGAUCUUGAAGAAACGCUUCGUAAGACGAGAGAGAAGUCGUUGGAAAUGCUAGACACAAAUCCUCUUGUGAAAUCGAGGUUUUUGUCUGUUUUCGACGAAAUGAUGGAACUAGGAAUUAUUGUUGCAACUUUUAAGGGCCAUGCCCACCACCGUUCGCUCUUGAUGCCAGUCACACUCACCACACCACUCGCUCUCCAUCACAGUCACCAAGGCGCCGCCUUCCGCAUCGCACCAGCCUCAAGGAUGGCAGACAAGGAACCCAAGAUUGGUGCCGCCACGUCGUCCUCACCGUCAGUGACGCCGGAGAGUUUGGUGACGGAAAACCACGUGCGGACAGCGCUCAUGUCAGACAAGGGCGCCGCCGCACAACUCACCGCCUGGAAGGUCGUGGAUUUCACUAAGAAGGGCGACAAUUAUGCCUGUUUAGUGACCAGUGUCGAGGUUAAGUACGAGAUCGACGGCAAGAGCUCAGAGGUGGUCUAUGUGGUAAAGUUGAACUCAGGCAAGACUAUUGGGGGAGACAGCCUCAUUCAUAUUGUCUUCGAAAAGGAAUCCAGUUUCUUCCUCGACAUCGCACCGCAGAUAAACUCUGUAUUAAAGGAAAUUGGUCACACAGAGAUCAACGUUCCCAAAUGCUUCCAUGCAAGUCUGGAGGAAGGAAAGGAAGUAAUCUUCCUUGAGGACUUACGAGCCAGAGGCUACAAAAUGGCUGACCGCAGGCGAGGAUUGGACAAGGCUCACACUACCCUCGUGCUGAGGGAGCUGGCCAGACUCCACGCCGCCUCCCUCCUGCUGCAGAACAAGACUCCUUACAAAGCAAUUGGAGAAAAGUACUCUCAUUUGAAGAUAGGAAUCUUCUAUUUUAUUAAGAACUACAAAGCAAUGUUGAAUGUAAUGAAAGACAGUGUGGCAUUUUCUCAGACUAUCAUAAAAACAGUAGAAGGAUACGAAAGAGUAAAUGCCUGGAUGGACACAAUCAUCCCUAAGUUAGUGGACAUCUUCGAACAGCUGGAAUACGGCGAGCCUAAGGUGGUGUGUCACGGAGACUGCUGGAUCAACAACCUUCUCUUCAGGUACAGCAAGACCGGCCACCCCGAGGACGUGAUGCUCCUCGACUUGCAGCUGACAAACUACAGUGCCCCAGCUGCCGAUCUCAACUACCUCCUCUAUACCAGCAUGUCGGGGGACGUCAGGAAGCCCAACAUUGAAGUCUUCAUGGGUUCCUACUACACCACUUUCAAGGACAUCAUGGAGGCCGGCGGCCAGACAGUACCAUUCACGCAGGCGCAGCUCCUCAAGGAUUUCAGGGAGAAGAACCUCAUCGGCUCAAUGUUCGCUAUAUUGUCUGCACCAGUAAUGUUCUUGGAAACUGAAGAAUCAGUAGACUCUUCGAAAGAAUGUAACGAGGAUCUUGUAGAAACGUUUCGUGAGGCAAGAGAAAAGUCGUUGGAAAUGCUGAACAAAGAUCCUCUUAUGAAAUCGAGAUUUUUGUCUGUUUUCGACGAAAUGAUGGAAUUAGGAAUUAUUCCAUAACAGAGAGAGAGAGAGAGAGAGAGAGAGAGAGAGAGAGAGAGAGAGAGAGAGAGAGAGAGAGAGAGAGAGAGAGUUCUUACAAUCGAUGCAAACUCACAGUUAUAUAUUUAUUUAUCAUACAGUAAGUGCCUGACGUGCUAAAACAUCUUUCUCCAAAACAAAUACCAUAAAUCAUAUUACAGUCAGCGCCUAACAGUUUAAAAUUCACGUCGAUGUGAGCGUCAUUUUGCACAAACUGGGAAAUCACUUCUAUUCAUUCUGAAAAAAAAAAAAAAAAAAUGAAGAAAAUGACUACAUGGCUACUGAAGUUAGCCCCUCAGUUUUUUUUUUUUUUUUUCUUUUCUUUAAAGAAUAGAUUAACGGAUUCGGUGUUUGAAAUAUUGACAUGGAGUUAUUUUUUUUGUGACUGCUCAUUGUUUUAGCUUACAAAACGGUUGUGUUUGUUUUAUUGUACGAUACGAGUACAUGGAUAAUAUACAGGCCAUGAUGACAUAGUGCGAGUGAUAGAGUUACAUAAGAAUGGUGAAAAAAAAAAAUAAGCCGUACAAUUGGUGCCAAUGAAAAGACUGAGUGCGUUGGUAAAGAAAUGGCGCGAUGAGAGAUAAGAGGAUGUCCCUCACCACAAACAUGGUGGUGGACAACACCAAAAAGUUUCUCAGAACAUGUGUUAUCAAAAGACACUUGAGUGUAAGUCAUCAGCUUACAGCAAACAAUUAAAAAACAAAACCCAUAACUGCCAGAAAACAUACCAUCCAGUGAUACGUACCAUCCAGAGUGAUACGUACCAUCUAGAGUGAUACGUACCAUCCAGAGUGAUACGUACCAUCCAGUGAUACGUACCAUCCAGAGUGAUACGUACCAUCCAGAGUGAUACGUACCAUCCAGAGUGAUACGUACCAUCCAGAGUGAUAAGCGACAGCCUGAACUGCCGCAAGGUGAAGGAGCAAACUGAACCUGUGAAGGUUCGGGUGACCUUGACAUCCUUCCUAAAAGUCAGACAGUGGACAGCAAGGUGUACCUCAACAUCUUCAAUGAUAAUCUGCCGGACUGAUUUGCAGAUACUGGCACCGAGAUCCUCCAGCAAAAUGGUGCACCUUGUCGCUCGGCAAAAAUCGUCAGACUGGUUACAUUUAUGUGAAGUGGACUUCAUUCCAGACUGGGCAUCAGGAAGUCCAUGCAUGUCCAAUCGAGAACUUUUGGACAUUAGUAAGAGCAAAACUUCGAGGCGAAGACACAUCCAGCAUCCCAAAAUUUAAGUCUGUUCUUCGGAGGGUGUGUUCAGAAAUUCUCCGGUAGUGCUGAGAACUUGGCUGACUCGGUCCCUGGCAGACUUAAGGUGGUCCUUACGAUGAAUAGAUAUCCAUUUAACAAAUAACCGAGUCACUGGUAAGUACUAAUCUUAUUCUGUGAGCAACAAGUGUUUACAUACAAUUGUUGAGUCAUUUGGCGCUGACUGUAGUUUUAUCUAACAAUCUAGUACAAGAAGAGAAACCCGAACUAGCAAUUCAUUACUUGAUACGACGGAAUGCAUGAACACGAGACCUGCGUAUAAAGCUCACUAAUAUCUGACAUGUUUUUAAAGGGAGGAUUGCCUUCAUAUGUUGUUUUUUCAGACACUUGUCUUUAUUGCCUCCGCCACCUUUGCCACCCUCAAGGCGGUGGCGGUGGUCGUCGCUAUAGUACAUGUAAAAUAAAUUAAACGAGAGAGAAAAUUAAAGUCUGUGUCACGAAGA